AUGAACUCCGUCUGUCCUCAGUGGUCUUUUGUCUCUAACCACUCUGAAGAUGAUGACGGCCGAAUAAUAAUGUUUUGGAAAGCACUUGCGGCUCUUAGUCUUCUGCAUAAGUCAAGGCAAGAAAUUACGUGCGAAGUUGUGUACCCGGGACUACCUACUUUCACAAUGUCGGCUAUUUAUGCCGAUAAUACAGUCGAUGAAAAGAAGAUUCUGUGGGAUACCUUACUGGAUGUAAAAGCUAGUCUUUCGCUUCACAACUCUCCUUGGAUCAUAGGGGGAGACUUUAAUGAGAUCAUCCACUGUGCGGAACACUCCUCUCCUGCUUUCAACAACAUCACACCUCAGAUGAUAGAAUUCAAGGAUUGCAUUGAUGAACUUGAAGUUAGGGAUCUUCGGUUUCAUGGACCGCCAUUCACCUGGUCAAAUAAACAAUCAUCUGAUCCUAUUUCUAAAAAAUUGGAUAGAGUGAUGAUUAAUGAGGAAUGGUUACUCACCUUCCCAAAUAGUCUGGCACAGUUUAUGCUCCCAGAUUUCUCAGAUCACACUCCAAGCCUUGUCAAUUUGGAAGCUGCUCUUCCCGUUGCUGGUACUCGGCCGUUCAAGUUCUACAACUUCUUAACAGCUCAUCCAGAUUUUUUAGCUACAAUCACUGAAGGUUGGGAAAUCUCACAGCCUGAUUCUUGGUCUCUCUCUAGCCUAAACAAGAAGCAAAAGAUCCUCAAGAAGUAUCUUAAGAAACUCCACAAGCACAACUACUCUGAAAUCCAAAAAAGAGUAGGAGAAUGUAAUCAAAACCUCAAGGAUCUUCUGCUGGAAUCUUUGUCCAAUCCAUUUGAGGAAACCUUCCUAGCCGAGAAACUCUGUACUGAGAAACUACAUCAUCUUAGACGCGUGGAAGAAGCCUAUUUCCAUCAGAAAUCCAGAAUUCAGUGGUUAAAAGAGGGAGACUAA